GACGUAUUUCCGGAAUGUUCCGAAUUUCAGGCUUUUUUAUAAAUCUCCGCGUGGCAAAUAUGGCGUAAAAAUUCUGCUGGUUUAUAUUGAUCAAUCAUAUCUUUAUUUGAAGGUAAUAUGCUUUAUUUAAUAACAGUAUUUGUAGUAGAAUACUUAGAUUGCUAAUGUAGACGGAAUUUUUAGGACAUCGGGCUCGAAUUAAGUGCGAAAUGUUCGGUAUAAAGUUUGUAGUUUGCACGUGCAGUCGUGCAUCGGUUUGGUCGAUUGUCGAAAUAAAAACCGUGAUCUGAUUUUAAUAGCACUGACCAAUUCAAUAGAAAGACUAAGGAAGCUAUAAAAUUAUUGAAAUAGUAGAGGAAAGUUAGUUGUUCUUGCUAGGAUCUUUAUAAGGAGGCAAAUAUUUUUAUAUAUUUUAUGAAUUUUAAGCCUGUUUAAGGUGGCUCUCUAGGGUUUUUUAAUUGACUACAGUUUUGUAUUCAGGAGACUCCUGUUACUUUACAUGACAUGAAGACGAAAUUUAUUGGACACAUUAGGGCCAUUUAUACGGGACAAAAUAAGUCGGGACAAAAUAAGUCGCGGCUUACAUAAGUGGAGUUAUCGAACAAAUGGUUCUCUGCAGCAUUAGUCUUAUUUACUUGCUAUAGCUAUAAUGUUGUUUUGGUUGUUUUUGUUUUAAUAUGCAAGGCUAAUAAUUUUACGUUGUUUCGGGCAUAUGCAGUAAACUUUUUAUCCAAAAUGUCUUAUUUAAGACACAACUUAAAUAAGAACAGCUAAAAAUCCUGUUCUUAUUUAAGUUGCGUCUUACAUAAGAAUUUUGUACCUUUUAUACGACAAACUCGCGUCUUAUUUAAGUUGCGUCUUAUGUAAGUCGCGACUUAUUUUGUUUUGUUUAAAUGGCCCUAUUGACAAUGUUCUCCUGAACAUUACAAAUUGCUACAUUUGUGUUAAAAAUCUGUUAUCAUGGCAACAGCAUGGUUAGAAAUAAAGCUCAAAAUUUGUCUUUUUCAGGUUAUUUUAAAAAUUCGCUUUCUUUUUCAGGUUAUUUUAAAAAUUCGCUUUGGUGAAAUUUUUUAAAACUUUGCAUAAAAGAUAAUACUUGUAUAAUAAUUUUUUCCUUUCAAUUUAAAAAAAUUAAAUCAAUACGUUUCUUGGAAAAUUUUAAAAACGUCAAAAAUCAAUAUUGAAACCCUUCGAUUUAAUUUUAGGAAAAAAGGAUAUUGCACUUGUUGUGCCGAAACGUGUGCAAAGUUUUAAAAAAUUUUACUGAAGGAAAAGGGAUAAAUUUGGGUUAAAUUUUGGCAAUUUUACUAGAUUUUGACACAAACAAUUUAUAAAUACCCCAACUGAUGUGUACAUCCAUUUUGUAUAAAAACAAAUUAUGUUUGAUAUACUGUUUAUAACUGUGUCGGUUACCGGUCAACUAAGCGUGGAUUAUACAUGUAAAAUUGGCAAAGAUAUUUAGGUAAUUACUAGUUAUGACUCUUGGUAUUAAUUUGAAAAAUGUUUGUCAAAAUACGUCCUGUGAAAGUUUAUAGUAGUAUUGUCGGAUGUUUUCGCAAAAUGCCCGUUCAAAUUUCAGUUUUUAACUUUUUAUAGUGGCAUUUUAACAUUUUAUAGUCUCAUUUCACCUGUAGAGGGCUCAUUAUUUAAUUCAUCGUUAUUGUCAUAAAUGCUGCUACAGUACCACUCGCGUAUGUCUUAACAUAUGAUACGCGUAUGAUACUCGUAUGAUACGAAUACGGUACGCGUAUGACACUCGUAUGAUACGAAUACGGUACGAGUAUGAUACGCGUACCGUAUAUAACAGGUACGCGUAUGACAUGCAUAUCGUAUAUAACAGAUAGGCAUAUGACACGCGUACCGUAUAUAACAGAUACGCGUAUGACACGCGUGUCGUAUAUCCUAUACAUUUGAUACGCGUAUACAGUGUAUACAAGGCGUAUAUUAGUGCAAGGUGUAUAAAAAAAAUUUUGUUGGGAUACAUUUAAGCUAGAGUAUGAAUGAUGAAGUAAAUUGACCACUUGAGUAAUAGACUAAAUUUUUAUCUCAACAAGUCUAGACAAAAAUUUCAUCACAGCUUGAAAGAGCAUCACAAAAUUAGCAAUAUUCCAAAGUUUUGUUGCGAAAUGUUGUAAAAUGCGGAUAAUAUAGCCUUGCGAAUUUUGCCGCUUUUCAGUCAUUUUGUAUUACAAACGGGAAAUUGACAGCCCCAAAGGGUUUUGGGCCACUUGAUGAAUUCUGAAAUCCGGACUGCCUGCUCCUCGGCCUGUUCACCAAGCCUGUAGUGUUCACAGGACAUUCUGACAUGUGUAAGUCACAGGCCUCACGCCUUCUUGUGAAGCAUCAUUAUUUGUUCUUUCGCAUAAAGCGGAAUUCGCGUGCCAGGCAUCUUCGUUUUCGUGGCGUCAGUGGCGAUGGCCAGUAUAUGAUAUACAUGCGGAUGAUGUACGCGUAUUUAUAUGAUCUAGCCAGAUACGCGUAUAUGCCCAAUAUAUACACGUAUAUGCCCAAUAUAUACACGUAUAUGCCCAAUAUAUACGCGUACAUGCCCAACAGAUACGCCUAUAUACCCAACAGAUAUACGCGUAUGCGUAAUCAAUGAGCUCACACGCAUAGCAUGCAUACAUUGAACAUUAUAGUAUUAAUGUAGUAUAAAAGCAGUUUAAAUCGUUGCAGUUAUCAAAUAAUUUAUCAGUACCAUUUAAACGUCGAUUUGGUACGUACUUUGUAAUUAAUAAUUUUCUGCUUUGUUUUUAUAUCAGUAGUAUAGAUGACACAGCCAUAAAAUGCUGUCAUAUUGCCUCCCCUCCUCUAAAAAACCUAUGCCGCUAUAAACUAGUGCAAAAAGCUAACUGGUUUAAAGUUAAUCGUUUGAUGAGAGAAAUUUAAUUAACAUGCAUGCAUGUAUAAUUUGAAAAAUGAAGUAUUUUACAAUGCCCAGUGCCUUCUUGAAAACCGACAUGACUAAUCUAAACAAUUUCUAUGAUUAUAAGGUUAUUAAAUGACUGAUUGCUAUGUAUAGGCCCUACUAAACAUUUUAACACAACUUUCAAAAAUAGUGCAAAGACUGUAAACUUUAAGCCGGGCUUUUCAGUGAUUGAUUAGUGCUUUUUACAUGCAUGUUUUCGUAUAAUUGCAGUAUGAUCUUUAUUUUAUUGGAUUUCUACUUAUAACUAUAUUUACGUAUUUUGAUUCCAAUGAAUAUCGUAUUAGAUAUUUUUAUUAUUAUUCAAAUCUAUAAAACGACGCAUUUUGCGUUUCAGUUCCAUGCGUAUAAGAUAUAUCACAUAUACUGUGUCUGCCCAUGAUGACUAUACGCAUUAUAAUGGUCGUGUAUAUCCGCAUUAAUCGCACGCGUAUCGUAAUCAUAACACACGCGUAUGGUAAUCUUAAGAUAUGCGCGUCGUAAUUAUGAGACACGCGUAUCGUAAUCUUACGAUACGCGUAUCAUAAUCAAGAGAUACGCGUAACAUAGUCUUAAGAUACGCGUAUCCUACGCACUUCAUACGCGUAUCACUUGGAUAGCUUACGCGUAGCAUACGCUUAUAAUACGGGUAUGAUACGCGUACCAUACGCUUAUGAUACGCGUAUGCUACGCGUAUCAUACGCAAAAAAAGUGUUAAGACACACACGAGCGGUACUGUAGAUUGUGGAGAAAACACUGCAAAUUCUUGAGGAAACUUUAUAUUAUAUCCCAAUGUUUGUGAUCGAACCUCGCGUACGGCACCAAGCGGUUCAAAAAACUUCCAGAAUACCGCUUGAAAAAAAGUUUACAUUAUCUUGAAACAUCACAUCCAAGUGUGUCUUGGCUUUUAGAACUCUUUUUAUCCUUUCAACUUAAGCAUAGUUCACACUUUUGUUUCAAAUAAAACACAACGUUUGUUUGUAUUUUGAAAUCACACGAGUUUCAGUUUACGUAUAUACGAAGAACGUAACCCUCGGAAAUAAAACCCUGGGCAGCCACUUUAAACAGAUUAGCAAGUGUUUGGAAAUUUUACACUUUACCAUACCAUAGCACAGAAUACUAUACAGAAGUCCAUCUUCAUUAUUGUUGCACAAGCGCUAUUCUUCAUGAUUCGUCACUCGGCAAGUACUGUAAACAGAAGCAGUCACCCUCCCUUGGACAUGUGCCAUUUUGAAUAUUUUCAGUGGGGGGCUGAUUGAUGAAUUAUGACAAAUAGCGCUUACGCAAAAACUAACAAAGAUGGACUUAUGUACAGGCCUUGCUCUAGGGGGCGUGCGUCCGCACGCUCCCGAGAUUGCUUGAGUGAGCGAUUCAUCGCACAAGCAAACUAAAUAUUUCUUCCAGAAUGGAGCGAAUUUGUUAAGUUAUUUACAAUCUUUCGGCAAAAAACCAACUCAUUUUCUUAGAAUACAUCAAUGGCUAAACAUUUUACCACUUACUUUGAGCUCAACGAAGGAAUAGAUUACCUUUUUGUGCUAGAAAUACAAAUGGCAAAGGUUCUGAAAGAUAAAACUCAGAGCGGGGUUAUAAAAUAAAUUUAAAAGUGGUGUUUUCAUUAUGAAAACUGUGUUAUCCCAUUUUUCAUUUGUAUUUAUUGGAAAUGAAUUAGAAAUGUAAUUGCUUUUUGCGGAAUGCGGAAACAUCGAAUUAGAUCGAAACAAUUUUGUUGUUUUUUAUCCAAACAUUAAAUAUCUUCAACAUCAGUCUACAAAUUGAGUUUUUCUUUUAUCUUUCAGGCAGUAAUAAAGCCACUUAAAAGUUGUAGUAGAUUAAUUUUGAAUAAAAUAGUUAUUAAACAAAAGUUGACAUUGAAAGAAAAGAUUUGUCAUGAUGUUAAAUUUUAUAAUUAAGGAUGCGGUACAGUCCGCAUGUAAACAAAGGCUUUGUUUACAUUUCGGUAUCCAAAAUAUUGAAUUUUAUUCGACAACUAUUUAUAUUUUCAUGAUUCUAGAGUAUAAUAAAUUAUCAAGAGACAACAACCAAGCUUUGCAAGAACAUAAAAUGAAAUAAAAACCUAAAUAAACUGUUUGUAAAUAAAAGAGGGCUCCUUUGUGCACAUUUGCAGAUCGGACUGUACCGCAUCUUUAAGUGCUAAUAGUGUACAUUUUUCAUGUGUAGUCCAAAUUUCAUCUUAUACUAUUUAAUUAGUAAAUUUGAUAAUCUAUUUCUCUGAAAAUGACAAAGUUUGGGUUCCAGCCAUUUUUAUUAGUUUUGACUGAAACCCUGAAAAAUGAGGGUUCUGGCUGGAACUAACCGGCCGGAACCGAAUUCCGGUGCAUAGGGAGAGAGAAUAGGGUUGGCUGGAAAAGAUAUGCUGUUUCAGCUUCUGGUGCUCUACACAUGUUCGUAUGGGAAAAUGGGGAUGAUUUAUUGGUUACGCGGGCACACAUGCUCUUAAGAUACCUGACACACCACCGGUUUAUUUUAGGCUGCUUUUGCGCUAGCCAAGCUAUUCACAUCCUCAGCAAAAUUCUCGUAAAUUUUUGUAGAUGUACAGUGCAAGCUCCAAGAAUGUCACAAGUUCCUGUCUCAAGAUCUCAUGAUUACGACUAUUCCAAGAUCCUGAAUAAGAGGUAAAUGAUUUUUCUUCUAAUUAUUUUUAACGUUUUCCUUGUAUUUCUUGGACAAUUAUCUUUGUAAUAUGUUAUUAAUUUGUUUCAUGUUCUCAAUAGUGAGUUUUUAAAUUUUUUAGAUGUGUUGCAAUUUCCAAGAAUGCCUCGAGUUGUUGGCUGAAGUGUUUUUGAUUGCAAAAGUGAACAACGUCAUUGGAAAGUAUAUAAAAAGGUUUUAAUAUUUUUCUUAUCUUACAUGAAAUGCUUUGAACAUUAUGUGGUUGCUUGUGAUCAAUGGUUUCAAAAAUCCCAGCAGAAUAUUGCAAAAAUAGCAUGACCAUCUUACUUAUGACACAAAAUUCGACAAAAAUAACACAAUCUUUAUGCCUAACUAUGGUGAGUGCACAAAAAUUGCACUCUUUUUAUUCUAUUAUUACACCACUAUUUUGACUUUUCAGUUUUAUGGUCCCUUGAUUACUUGGUUAAGUUUGGUGUUGCUACCAAUCACAGAAAGUCCAUAAUUUUCAAAGCAAAGAAGCAUUUUAUGAGCAAGCCAGAAAAUGACAAACUGUCUGUGUUUUGAAAAAUUGUGUUUAACAAUGACGAUUUGGUUUCAACAUACCUGUACAUUUUUUUUUGUUUGGCAUAAAUACAGAACAUAUAAAUUUGUGUUUGUCUGGGGUUAUUUCUCAGAACAUAGUUGUUUCUACAUAUUUCCAAAUUGUGUUUUUGUCAAAUAUAAAAAAAUGAAACGUUUGUCAUUCUUUGGCUUUGUCACAGCAGUUAAACAUUGAGAAGAUUGAGGUGUUUUCUUAUUAGAAACCAAAACGGUUACUUACAAAUAAGUCAUGUGACUUUUUUUAGUCAUCUUUCAUGUUUCAGUUAAUGUUUUCAGCAAAGGAUUAAAAGAACAUUGAUUAAUUGACAUUUGUUUCAUCAUACUUUGUGUUUUGAACUUAUCGAACUGCAUUGUGAAAACAGCAACUUAUGUCCCAUCUCAAUCUUCUCUUGUUUAAGUGGACUUUCAGUGUUUGUUGAAAGUUUGGAAAGUUUAUCUGAAAAUCACACUGUUUCUUUCAUUCUGGAUUUUAUUUGAGUCUUGAAAUAUUGAAUCUUAGAAAAAGCAAUUAGUGAUUAAUUGAAGUAUACAAUACUUCUAAAAUUAGCACUGUUAGAACUGCCUCGUUGUUUAACUGUCCUGUCUUAUUUAUCCCAGCACACUCUUAAUACAUGAGUUUGAUUAUUCCUGGAUACAAAUAAAAUGGAUUUGUUAAGGAACAAGGCAGUUCUUUACAGUACUGACUUAUAGGAGGGUUGUGUUCUUCAGUUGUUUUAUAUUCUUGUGCCGACCAGUUGUUAUCAACAAAAAAUUCGAAUUUAGGAACAAACUUUGUGAUUUUUAAAAAGAAUUUCCCAACUUUAAAACAAACAGUUAAGGUCAAAAAAGUCUAGGAUAUUGCCUUUACUUCAUUACAAAGAGGAACUUAUUUGAAUGUGGAACUGAAGCAGCAAACUAUACUUAAUUUUGGGUAAUGUGAGAUAGAGAAAAUAAAAGGAAAUUGAUUGUCAUGCAUGGCAAGGAAAAUCACAACCAGACUACAGGAUGAUGUUCUAGGUUUAGGUUUUAGGUUUAUUAAUAAAAAUGACAUUGCAACCAAGGGUUGAAUUACAUAAUUUACACCAACUAUCAAUUACUACUGUACUAUACAAAUUCUAAAAUUAUCAUUAAUUCUUUGCAUUUAAAACUAUUUGCACACAGAAGGUACAAAUAUGUUUUGUAUUAUUGGGAAGGAAAAACAAUCUGCAUUCAAAAGUAUAUACCAAUAGGAAUAUUGAACCUGAAGAUAAGAUCAACAGUUCUUUGUGCUAAGGUGUUAAUUAAUCAAGGCACAAUUUGAUCAGAUUUGAACCAAAAUUCAAGCACGAAAUUAACCACACACAAAUUUUGCUGAAACUAAAAAUAUGUGUCACAUAAGAUCGGGAAUGACUGAGAUGCUUUUUAUGUACCAAAUUUUAUAAUCUGAAUAAAAUGUUCUAGAUUUUAAAAUACUAUUUUUAUUUAAAUAGUCUGACCUGCAGCCCCUAAUUUUUUAAAGCAUGAAAUUUUGUUAUCGAAUCAGAUUCAAUUAGUUAAUUCGGUACUUUGGUUUGGUUACUAAAAUGACAAGAUUAUUUUUAGAAUUUUUAUUGGCUGGUUGUGGUUAAUAAUUGUUUUGCAAUUAAAAUUAAUUUGUUAGCUUUCUGUGUUUACAUGUAUUUUGUUUUGCUUCAGUUCAACAUUAUUUUCAAAUAGUUCCACUUUGUAAUGGUGUGUUAUUAAUAGUCAUAAUAAUAAUAUAAGAAAACAGGUUUACAUGGCACUCGAACAUGGUCUUUUCAACGAGUAUGUAAAGGUAAGUUUAUACUUCAAAAAGGUCUGUUUUUAACCUGACAAGAAUGUCGUCCAAAAUGAACUAAAACUCAAUCUUUGUGACCUUUCAAUUAAUUUCAUGUCUUUUGAUGUUUGUGUUUGGUUUGCUUUAACGUUGAUACUAGAAAUUGAUGAAAAUGCAAUAUGAUAUUUUGUUUGUUGAGAGAGAUUCUAAGAAUUGUAUGGAAACCGAUUGUUCCUUGGGACUGAAGACUUUGAUCAAAACUGUUUGUCUACUUUUGAGUUAGCAAGUUAUACCUUAUGCACAUGUCAACGGCCUGCCCUGGGGGGUACACCCCUGGGACUUUAAAAAAACAUGAUUCUAAUGCAUUAAUUCCCCCUCCCUCACCCAGGAAAUGUGUAAGUCAAACUGCCCUCCCCCUUGGGCUUAUAAUAAAGUAGUUCAUAAUAUAAAUAGCAUACAAACAAUUAAAAAUUAUCAUACAAAUUGGGGUAUCACAAUGGCACUCAUGUAUUCUGUAUUUAUUGAUUCAAAUUUUAGCAAGAUCACUACAAAAUAUCAUGAAUAAUAAGUUGGCGAUCGAUAUUUUUCUCUGUGAGCCUGCGAUUUUGAGUUUGCACCAAUUGUGCACUUCACUUAUAAAAUUCAAAUUGUCAUGUCAAAGUCCCCUACUUCCCCUCCCCCUGUCGUCCUAUUAUUGCGAAGUUUGUCAGGGAAGAAUACACGGAUAAAAUACCAAAUUCCACCUCGUUUCCCCCGGGGUGUACCCCCCGGGCAGGCCGUUGAUAUGUGCAUUAUCACGUAAAAUUUUUUCCUGUUUUUUUAUUAUGCAAAACAAUAAGCUGUUUUCCAACUGAAAAAUUUCUUUUUGGUUUGACCAGUUUAUAGAAGGAUAUAAAUCAGAAAAUCCUUUAUGAACAUUUGAAAGUUUGGUUCAACAAUAUUUUGUGUGCUUCUGUACAUGUUUGCUACAUGUUUUGCAUCAAAAAUAUUUCAUAAUGAAAUCAAAAAGUUGUUGUUUUAAAAUAUACAAAUAAUUAUAUAACAGAACAACUUUUCCCCACGUGAUAUCUAGGAGAUGUUUGUUUGUAAAAUAGUGCAUCAAUGUGUAUCAUUUUACUGAAUUUAUCAAGGACGAGAAAUGUACCAUUUCCUUAAUUAAGCAAAGCAAAUUUAAUUCGAAUUUUUGUUCAAAAAAUCAAUCAGUAUUGGAGAAAUAAUAACAUUCUUUUAAAAUUUUAUUGAACUGCAUUUUCAUCAGUUUAAUUAGUAUUAACAUUAUAUAUAAUCAAUUCAAAGUUGUCAGGUUAAAAAACGACGCUCAAAAAUAUAUGGCUCCGAAAGACAGAGAUGAUUUCAAAUUUAAGUAUUUCUCGAUUUGGCAAUUGAAAAAAAAUGUUCUUAAAUAUGUUCAAUUGAGUAUUACAAAGAAUUGAAUUCUCUUAGCAUCUAGACAUCGCGAUAAAAUCAUUUCCAUACUCAAGUGAAACUUUUUGUUCACUUUACCAAAAACACUUAGUCCGUAUUCAAAAAAAAGUAAAAGCAAGUUCGAUUUACUUUGUCUUUGAGCCAUAUAUAUUUUUGUGAUUGUGAAACAACUCGAUUUUACGCUUUAGAUUUCUUCGUCAAACUCGUAAAAUUUAUCAUCAGAGUUGUUUUGUAAUUAUUUAUCUUGAAGUAUAAACUUUCAUCUUGAAACGACCAAGUUCACAUAUUUAAUAUUGUGUUUUCACUUGUGUAAACACAGUGUUAAUUGUUCUCUUUGUGUCAUGUUCUGUUUUCUUCUAUUGUUAUUUAAAUAAGUACAGUAUGCAGUGGUUGUUCUCUUUUUAUUGUUAUUCAAAUUGUAAAAUUACAAGUUCUUUUCAAUAAAUUGUUCAUUAAUUAUACAAGAGACUCCUUUUUAAUUCAAAAUUCAAUUCCCAUGGGAAUUGAAAAAAAAAAUAAAAAAAAUCCCUCUACCCCGGCCGGCUCCCCAAGUGCUACCUCUACUUCAAGCAGAAGCAAAAGUACUUCUGCUUAAAGUAGAGGUAGCACUCGGAGAGCCAGCCGGGGUAGCGGGGCGAAGAGAAGACCAACCUUGCAAAUGCUAAUGCAAAUUGCUAAGUUGAUCUUCUCUUGAGAGCAGCCACGCGCAUACCUAGCGAAUGUAAAACAACAAACAAUUAGUAACAAAUACUCGACAUGCAAAUUUUGAAUCCCAUGGCCGAAAUGACAAGUGCCCCCCACUGAUUCCUACCAACUGCCUACCUGCCUCAAUCCUAAGCUGUCUGCCUCGGUCCUAAGCUGUCUGCCUCGUUCCUAAGCUACCUGCAUUCCAUUCGUAACUUCCGCUUUCCUCACCAUCGCACAGACACUCACAACUGCCCAACCUGUCACCACCCGAACUGCCCACCCUUAAAACCGAAGGAAUUAAAAUUUUGGUAAAGUAUAUUGCAUAAUUAAUUUAAUUAUUCGAAUAUUUUAGGCCAAACGCAAACAAAUAAAUUAAAGGUUGACGAUUAAGAAUGACCGCGUAUACAAACAGGUGAGUUUCUUAGUUGCCUCUAACAUGAAAUUUUACAUAGAAAAAUAUACGAAACCUCGAAAUCCGGAUUUUCCUUCUAUAUAUACUUUACUAUUGUUUUGGUUUAAAUAACGAAACUCGACUAAUUUUGCUGAUGUUAGGAAAUUAGUUAUUUUGUUCGAAGAAGAUAUAUUUUCUCUUUAUAUGUGCUCUCAAAAUUUUAAUUCCUUUAGUUUAGCUUAACCCCAUGCAUCUUAUACACACGGCGCACACUCUCACAGUCCAUACAUUUAGCUAAUAAAUUACGUUAUAAACAAAAAAGCAAAAUAAAAAGAUAAAUUACGUUAUCACUAGCUAUCCUAUAACCCACUUAGACUGAGUUUUGGAUUCUGGUUCGAAAGGUAAAAUCUUAACUGAAAGGGUAUGGGCUUGAGUUUUGUUAACUGGUCCAAAGUAAAUACAAACCUUAAACUUACCUAAACCAAAGGCUCGAUUAAAUAAGCAUGAGAAUGUAUAGAAUUACUUUUUAAAACUUCAUAAGAGUUGAAAAUCCAAAGGAAAAUCACAAUGACGCUAAUUUAGUGAGCAUGCAGUACUGUUUAUCUAUAUAGUUCAAACAGAUCGAAACAGACUUAACCGCAAUUCUCAUACUCAUUUAACCGUAACGCCUUGAUGAUCAUUUGCAUGGCACGUCGCAGCUGCUCUCAAACCCGCAAAUAACAAGAUACUUAUCAUAUUUAAUCAAAGAGGAUUCAUUAUAAAGUCAAAUUUACACUAUGAAAUCAACAUCAACAUGAAAACAAAGCAUAGUAUAUUCCCCUGGGAAUUACAAAUACGGAAAAAAAUAAAAUUGCAAAAAACUUAAUGCUUGCGCAAAGUAAAAAAUUAACAUAAAAACCAAAGUAUAGUGUAUUCCUAUGGGAAUUAAACAAAGAAAAAUAAACCCACCAAUUCUUAAUAACUUUUUAACGCUUGAAAUAGGAUUGUUUGUUUUCAUCGUAUGUUGAUUUCAUUGUGAAUACAAGACUUAUCCCAUAGUUAACAGAAUAUAAACAUGGAUAGGGACCGCACCUGACAUUAAUUUUAUUAUCAACACCAAAUGACGAUGAAAAAGAGGAAUGCUUGGUGCUAGACUCCACGCCAUGUUUAUUUUACAUUAACUAUGGGUGACGCGGAUUAAUAUUUUGUUUUCAGAAAAGUCUACAAUCGAAAAUAUUCCAGGCAAGAUUUCGUGCUUUUAAGGUAUUGUUGCUUCGAUCUUUUUUAUACAAACAGUUCUCUACUAUCAAUUUUGCAAACUUUUUUGUUGUUAUAAAAAGCAAAUUAUGAAAUGAUACGUUACUGCGAAAAGACUGCGUUAUCACGUUUUUGAAAUUUUUAUCCAAAGGCCAAACGUAUUACCUGAUUUUUAGGGCAAUUAUUUCCAUACUCCGUAAAUUGGAAAACAAAGUCGAAAGAUUUGGUAAACUCCUAGCAUGCUUAUUUUCAAUGAGAAAAUCAUUGUAUUCACUUGAAUCCCCUUUGAUCUUUAAAUAAGUAUUUUGUCUUUAACUAACUUACAUUGGUAAAAUUUUUCGCUACUUUCAUAUUAGCAAUGUUGUGGUUUCGGAUUGUUGCGAAUCGUCAUUCUUUUCUUGGCUCCAUGCUAUUCGUGAGUGGUUCUUUUUGGUCUUUUCAUCAUCUCUUUUCAUUACAUCAACAUUUCAUCACAUCACCUUUAGAAUUUAAAAAGUAUCCAUGAGUCCACGAAAUAUGUUUUAAGGGCUUGAGUUAUGCAAAUUACCAGGAUUUGUUAGCAGAUAUUCAGUCCUCAUAAUCAGCGGUUUACCAAAUUAUUGCAGACAAAAAAUUGCCGUCGAUAUUUUAGGCUUCGGCGCCAAUUCAAUGCCAUUUAUUAUCCCAUAAUAACAAUUUUAAAUUAUAAUAGUUUUGUUUGUGGAAACACCACGUAAAUUUAUUACUGCAAAGCUUUCGAUCCGUAAGCUCAGUAAUACUUUCGAUCAGUAAUAAAUUUACGUGGUGUUUCCACAAACAAAACUAUUAUAUUUUAUCGCCAUGCAAACAUACAAAGAACUUAAUUUUAAAUUAACUGAUAAUUUGAAAUGUGACUGAAAUAUUGAUGUGCAUAAUAAUAUCUAUGACAGCCCAGACCUAGGCCCUUUACUCGACCGGUUUUGGCAUGUUUUGGUCAAUUUUGGGCUAGCAUUUGGCAUUUGGGCUAGCACAUGCUUUCGCCCAUCCUCCGCCUAGCCCCCAAGGCGCGUGAGUCCUAGUCUUCCCGUGUGCGCCAAAAUUAAAAAUUGAAGGUCACAGUGCAGGCAGAAAGAGCGUUUCAUGUGACGUCACGGCAACCAUGUUUGAGGGCAAAAUGACCAGGAGGGAGCUAGGGGUAGGACGAAUUAUUUUCUUAUUGAAACAACAAAAAAGGUAGAAUCUUGUCUGCGCACGCGUUAAAAUUGGCACAGUAAACAGACUGAAGACCUGGAGCCGAUUGUAUAAAACUCAUAAUCAUUUUAAUCACGAUUUUGUAGUUAAAUAGCGAUUAACUCUCAAGUAGGCGCUUCUUAUUGGAAGACAUUUCCACUUAAUUAUGAUUAACUUUAAUCACUUUUUCAUACAACCAGCCCCUGGAGAGGGUAAAUGUGACAUCUGAUUUUUAAGCGUUUUAUUUCGGUUUUUUGCGUUCUUUUUCCUACUGACAAAGUAUUGUUUUUUAAUGCUUCGCUUCGAAGUAGGAAAGGUAUGCGAAAAUUCGGAAACAAAAAAGUAUAAAAAUCCAGCUUUAUGGGUCGGGAAUUCUCGUAAUUUCACGACAGAAAAUUGCGACGUUCGUAUCAAAAAUACUUUGAACAGUGAUCAAAGAGCCAAUUGAAAGAGCCAAUUCCAAGUAUUUUAUCAUUUCUGGUCAAAGGAAAUGUCCUCAACAAAGGUGAUUGGUGCAUUCAAACUAUUCAACAGGAAGUUUACAAUUAUACUAGGAAGUGUAUGAAUAUUUCGAAGAACUUGAUCAAAUGAAUUGGUCAGUCCGAGGCAGUGAACUCUAAGAGAACUGGAACGAUAACUUGGCCGCCAUCUUUGAAGCCACUCAUGAUGGCCGCCAUGUAGGUAUGGAGUGGAAAAUACGCCGCCUAAAAGAUGUCUGUUUUCGACCACUAAAUAGCUGUAUUUCAACAAGGAAAAAAGCUAAAAACUUUCAACAAUACCCGAAAUUUAAUACAAAACAUGUUUCCAGAACGUAGAGCAGUUAUAAAGUUCUAUUUUUGGAGUCAAAGUGCGAAGUUUUUUUCGGUACGUUCAAACUUGUGUAAUAUUUUGAAUAUCAAGCUGUUACCCAGGAAGUUUUUGCUGUUAGUGGAUGUAAAAUACUUAGAACUAUCCAGUAAACCAGGUUUGAAUCUGUAAAGUUGAAGACUUUCGAUAAAAAAGUGCUUUUUCUUGCUGAUUUUCGCUCAAAAACAACCUUUUGACUGAAUUUCCCGCUCCUCGAAACUCUCCCCAGUCCUUUUGAAAGUUAAUUUAUUGCUCGCUGAGCUUGCGAGAAGCACCAUCUUGGCUUCGGGCAAGUAUGGGCAUGUUUAUCUGCAGUUAGCGUUCCAGUGUUAUUACAGUUCACUGGCCCGAGGUAAUGUAUUGAAUGAAUAUUUGAUCAUAGUGAUUAAUAUUUAACAAUUAUUCGCUGAAGGCGAAGUGAUUAUCGGUGAAUAAAAACCGAGACGAAGUCGAGGUUUUUAUGCACGAUAAUCACAGAGCCUGAAGUGAAUAAUUGUUUUAGUAUAAUUUCAUAGGUGAUUAUUUGAAAAAUAAUAAAACUACACAUUUCGAAAAUCACUUAGGUGAUUAUCACGUAAUAAUCACCUCAACGGCAACCUAUCAGCGUAGAGAAUUUUCAAUAAUCACCUAUGUAAUUGAUUAACUCUCAAAUAGGCGUUUCUUAUUGCAUGGAUGACAUUUCAGGAUUAAUAUGAUAUGAUUAACAUGAUCAUGAUAUACAACCAGCCCCUGGAGAGGGUAAAUGUGACAUCUGAUUUUUGAGCGUUUUAUUUGAUUUUUUUGCGUAGUUUUUACUAAGUUCUUUGUAUGUUUGCAUGGCAAUAAAACAUAUAAUAGUUUUGUUUGUGGAAACACCACGUAAAUUUAUUACUGCAAAGCUUUCGAUCCGUAAGCCCGAAUCUUCAUCAGUGCUAAUAAUAUGUCAUAUUAUUACCACAAGCUUUGCAGUAAUAAAUUUACGUGGUGUUUCCACAAACAAAACUAUUAUUGUAGUUUUUACUACUGACAAAGUAUUUUUUUUUAGUGCUUUGAAGUAGGAAAGGUAUCCGAAAAUUCGGAAACAAAAAAAGUAUAAAAAUCCAGCUUUAUGGGACGGAAAAUUGCGACGUUCUUAUCAAAAAUACUUUGACCAGUGAACAAAGAAAGGUCCGGUACAUUCGUGUGAAAACUAGCUUAUAUUCUAUUUUUGCGAAUAUAUUAUUCACCAUGUUUUAAAAAUAUUUUUUAAAGAAUUUUUCGAAUGCGCCUAAAAUUAUUGACCAGCGCGGACAAAAUUCCUACCCGUUGAAAUAACAUGAAAUAAUGAUAGUGCUCGGAACUUAAAUAUUCAAACAACGUUUUGGAACUAUAGUUGUUGGUAUAGGCAUUUGUACGAUUUCAAGUGCGUUUUGAAAGAAACAUGCACGAGUUGCACUAAUUUUUUUACAUGAAUCAUUUAAAUGACCCGACAACUUAAUAUACAAGAUUGCAACUGUCAGCAGUGAGGUAUAUUAUUAGGUUUAAUUAAAAAAGAGAGAAAUUCUUGCAUGCAUGUAUUUCAAAAGUUUUAUCACUUACAUCUAUAUUAAUCACUUUUGCCUUUUCGUUGUUUCUCUUUGAUCGGGCAUCGACGUUCUGUUGAUGGGUCCAUGUCAUUCCUUCGUCUGGUAAUUCCAUCUUGUAUUGUCUUUGGUUGGAUGAUCUAGUUGUCUUCACUUCGCAUUUGUCUUCUCUCGGUACAAGCUCGUAGGAUGUGGUUUGAUGCAAAAUGUCUUUUCCCUGAGGAAGGAUAAAUAAACAUUUAUUUGAAAAAGUUAUGUUAUUCAACAUUUAUUUGAAAAAGUUAUUUUAUUCAAAAUGUUUGAAGAGUUUCGGGUUUUAAUGAGAAACGAUUAAAAAAAUCGCUGGAAUCAAUUGUGAUUUUCUCUUACCUUGAUAAAACUUGCGUUACUCUCAUCUUGGCGAUAUUGUAGGAUCUGUUGGUUGUAGGUCUUCAUCUGAAAUGAAAAGACAUUUCCUAUUAGUAACAAAAUAGAUUGAAGAAAUUUUAGCAUUCCUGUCUUAAUUUAAAAGUGUAUUAAGUACAUGCAUGGAACAUUCCUGCAACAUGUGUAGUGAAAUCAUUACACAUGUUACAGGAACUAAGUAUUCACUUAAUACACUUUUAAAGAUAGGAAUGCUAAAAUUUCUUUAAAUUUUAAGUACACGAAAGUCAGGGUGCAGCAUAUCACACAGAAAUAAAGGAAAAACUGGGUAAGUUCACCCUGUGACAAAGUUGCAACAAUAACUUUUUAACCACCAAUUUUUCAAUCCAGCUAUAAAUUGCGUGAAAUUUAAGGCUAAGAAGAUUACAUCAUUGAGAUUUUCAGGUACAGAAGGUGGUCAUAUGAUAUUGCCAAUCAAAUUCUCCCUACCCCAAUAUUUGGUGAAGUGUCCGCUACGACUGAGUAAGAGUUAUAUUAGAGGGUGUGGCAAUGAACAUGAGCAAUAGUCUCGUCGCGUAGGGCAAAAAUAUUUAAAUUAUUGCAGAAAUUACACCAGCAAAACUUACAUUCACCGUGUCUUUGCAUCGUCGUUGCUUCUGUUUUGGUGGUCGCGGUUUUUCAUUUCUGUUGAUGAUCCAUCAUGGUCCGCUCAAUUUACAGUGAACCACAUAAAAAAUGGAUAAAAUUCUGUGAACCAGCGGAACGAUACGACUUGCAAAUGGAUUUGAACGGUAAAUUUGACUUAAGUUUUAAAUAUACGUCUUAUAAAAAAACUACAAAAUUCUGGUGAAAAUAAAAUGCCGUGCCAUACGUAAUGAGUAAUGCAUAACAGUAAACAGAAUUCUCUUAAUUGUGUAGAACAUAAAUAACAGUAACAAACCGUACAUUUGCUAUCAUCGUUGAAUAGUUGUGGCUUCUUUUGGUCGUCAUUCUGUCGACGUCUCCUAACACUUUUUCAUCUGCUUGUUCUUCUUUGCUCUCGCUUUAAUUGUGUCGUCGAGUUGUUGCCUUCAUAUCACUCUACCAAAAAAUGUGCAAUAAAAAUUUUAGGGGAAAAUUUAAAAAGUAAUGGUCAGAGGACAUUUUACGAUGUAGGGCAGACUUUUUGAACAAUUGUUACUUGUUGAAAAGAAGCUAGUAUCAUAAGCAACCUGGCAACAUAUAUAUGUAUUGACAUGCGUGAAAAACAUUUAAAAAUGCGUUAUAUUGCGUAGCUCAUUAUGCAGAUUGCCAUGGUUACGUCAUUGUAUUGUCGUCUAGUGUAAUAUCUUAAGGCCUGAUUCCACCAGGCGGAAUCUUUGUCUUUUUACAAUUAGUUCUGCUCGAGUGCUCAUGAAACAAAAAGAAUUUCGAUUCGGUCGAAAAGUUUCGCCUAGUGGAAAACCGCCUUUAAGGCUCUGUUACACGGUGCAAUUUUUCAUGCAACUUGUCUCGCAAUGUUUAAAAAAAGAUUUUGAUAAUGGAUUGCAAGAGGUGUUACACGCGCGCUGCAAUGAUUUUCAUGCAACUCGCAACGAUAGGGGACAGAGGCAUGCGAAGAGACUAGGGAGAGGCGCUAUUUGGCGCCAAAUUGUAAUUAAAGUAAAGCGUGUACUGGGGAGAGCCAAUAGGAACUCUCCAAGCUAUAAACAUUGCGAGACAAGUUGCACGAAGCCAUGCUACACGCUGCAAUGCUAAAAAUAAUUAGUGCAAUCGUUGCCAAAAGUAGAACCGACUUCUAUUCUGUGCAAUGCUUCAUGCAACUUGUCUCGCAAAGAUUUUGACCAUUGCAAGGCAUGUUAAACGGUGCAAUGACUCGUGCAACUUGUCUCGCAACGCCAUUGCGAGACAAGUUGCAUGAAAAAUUGCACCGUGUAACAGGGCCUUAUUAAGGUCUUUCACAUUUACACACGUUAAUUUGAUCAAAAAUGACGUCAUUGUCGCUGCUAUGGUAACCAUGAUGUGUCAGUAUGGCCGAUGUUUUAAAAUACAAUACAAGUGGAAAUGUUUGCGAACUAGUUUAACUUUUUAUUUUGUUAAAACGUUUUUCAAUUCCUGAAAAUAAUUAAUUAUCCAUCUUUUUAAAAAGGUCGCCAGUGUAGAAUUUUUUCGUUGCAAGAAAAAACGUUUUAAAUUUGAAAAAUCUACACCGGCAAUUUUUGGCCAAAUAAUUAUUUACACUAAUCAAAAGAUUAACAAAAUAUAAAAUGAGGUCACCGUUCUUUUUUUUCGAAUUAUAGUAGUUUAAAGCCAAAGAAAACCGGUCAUAUAAAAACGUCAUGGCUACCAUAGCAACGGCACUGACGUCAAUUUUAGCAAACAUUUCAUACUCUUCAGGUAGUAUUUUCUAAACAAUUGUAAAAAAAAUACACCCAAAAUCGUAAAUUUUCCAGCUGCAAAAAAAUUCAGUAGGGAGCCACCUUUAGGAUCCAUACAGACCUAACGCGAUUCGACAACGCGACGCGAGUUUUCAGUUUUUAAAAACAAAUAGAACGGUCAACCGAUAAAACUUUUACAAGAUAUGCAGACCAAAUAGCUAAGUAAUUUCAAUAUGAAAAUACUAAUUCUAAAAUAUUAUUUAAAGUUAAAUGGCAUUGAAAAUUCCGCGUCCCGUUGUAGACUGCGUUGGUCCUUCUUUUCCGCGGGUUUAGAUUUUCAGGCAUGGUCGCGGUCUAGUCCCGUUGCCAAAUCGCAUUCGGUCUGUAUGGGCCUUUAGACUUAUCACAUAAAUUAAUUUACCAGAGAAAAAGCAACUCACCAUCUUCUGCUGUUCAGUUUGUUUAGCCAUGCUUUAUCUUGGCUUUGAUAGAUUCACUACAGGAAAUUAGAAAAAUACAUUCUACGGGUCAAUUAAAGCUGUAUUUUGCAGGGGGCCCUGUAAUAUAAUUUGGGGGGGGGGUGAAUUUUUAUCCAACAGGAUUAUAUUUAGGAGAUUUAAAAAUGGGGGGAGGGGGUGUUGGUCAGGUUGGGGGGUGUUGGACAGGUUUUCGGAAAGGGAAGAUUUCCUAUUUUGAGGCUAGUUUUUCUAAGAUGACGUCCAUACCAUUUAUGCUUUUGACUUAAAAAUAAUUCAUUGUAGUCUAGGGGUAUUGCGACCACCAAAUGUUCACUGCUUAAAGAAUAAUCAGGUAGAAAUUUUUACUAAAAAAUAUUAAUUUUCGUAAAUAAAAUGUUAUACUUUUCCAUACUUGAAAAAUUAUAGGAGAACUUACGUCUGUAAUAAAUAUCCUAUAUAGCUGAUGUCCAAUCCGUCUAAAAUGAUUUUGGGUCCAUUUUACAGAUUGGAGAAGAAGGCGACGCCAUCUUGAUUUGGAAGUCCUUCGACCAAGCCGAAUUUUUUGUGUCAAUUUUACUGCCAUUUCUUCGUCGUUUUCUUCAAAAUUUCUUCGAAACGUCUUCCUCAGAGGUUCGUCGACAUUUUUAUGGUAUUUGAUUGGUAUUUAUACUCGUUCGUUGGUAGAAAAUCUAUGCUUGUGGUUCAAUUUUUUUCGCCGAGAGCGCAGUACCUUCUUUCGUCGAAGUCCAGGAGCAAAUGACGUCAGAAUACGAUUGUUCGCUGACAAAUACCCGUAUGUAUAUUGACUAAUGUGUGAUUUUUUAAAUACGAAGCUAUAAAGCUUAGUUUCUACGUUAAAUUAACGUUUUUUAACCACAAUUUUCAACUCUGAUAUUUCUUGCAUUUCUUUCCUUUAUGAUUUAUAUUUUAUUUCGUUCAAAGAACGCUCCUAAAGAGCGUUUACCGUGUUUUUUUUUUAUUCCCAUGUUAUGGAGUGCGGAAAGACAAGUCCGAUUUGUCGGUUGAGUUUAACUUUUCCUCCGUGGCCGAAUGGUAACGGCAACUGUAUUGUGAAAAGCCACGCCCUUUGGUGUUUGCUGUGGGAUCGUCCCUAGCUUGCGACAACUCAGGGACGAACCCAAAGGGUGUGAGUGACUCUCGAAAACAGAUGCCGGUACCGAUAGGCUACCGAAGGAACCUUUAAACCUUCGGUAAAUUUCUUCUACUUAAUCAUUUACCUUAAUACUGCCAGUCGGGGACCUGCAUUUCGGGGACCACCCAAAACAGCAAGCUGCCGUGCAGGAAGGGCAAUACAAUUGCAGUGUAACACUACAACUGUACUGUCCUUCGUGCACGACAGCGAGUCGUUUUGGGCUAAACGGCUAGAUUUGUAAGACAAAUCUAGACGUCUUCCAAAAGACGUCUAGAUUUGUCCAACUAUAUAGGGCCGACUUCGUCGCAAUGAUUGUGGUGCACUAUUUUGUCAUGAUUCUGCGCAGUCGUUUCUUGUUCAAUAAAGCUGUAUAUUACUAAAAAAAUGCCUUUGAAAAGACCAUCCGUGGUUUCGGGUUUGAUUCCCAAAGCAUUUUAUGUUCAUAUUUACAGCUUUCUUAGGGCAACUCCAUGCAAGUAUGGAGAAGCUGAUUAUGUAACUUAUCAUGGCCGACAUACAAAUGACAGUAGUUUUAUAAAGAAGAUGAAAUGUAUAAUAAACCGCAAGGUUUGUUAUACUGUUACUGUCCUAGGGAAUUGACCGAAUAAUGUUGUAAUCACCCAGUUUCUUCCACAUGCAACGAAGCUUUUAAUGACAUUAUCAACAGUUAUGAGGCAUUCGGUUUAAGAUUUCCAGAGCAUGUCCGCACCAUUUCGCAACUUACGAUACAACUGAUUACGGACGAUAAGGUAAUAAUUGAGAACGAAGUGUGAAGGAAGCUAGAAGGUUUAAUCUUUGUAUAGGAGGAUAAGAUAAUAUUUAUUUAACUGUGGUAAAUUACAAUACUUGAAGUAUCGAGCAUGUAGUCUAUACUCUAUAGGUAUAGUUAAAUUUCAAUAUGAACACACAUUUUACCGGUCGAGGCAUUUAAUACUGCAACUCCGUGUAUAUUAUUUCGCAACUCACAAUAUACAACUUAUUAUACGGACGAUAAUGAACCAAUAAUUGAAAACGAAGUGUAUUUUUAAUCUUUGAAUAGUGCUACAAGCUUUAAUGUUUGGAUAUUUGUCAGUAUUUGAGUUUUCGAACAUAACUGAGUCCUGUUUAAUAACUGUGAUAUGCUAUGAAUUUUCUCGCUGUUUUAUCGUAAACUCUGUUUAAAGUGAAGUUAUACUGUAUAGGCACAGCUAAAUUUCAACGGGUCAUUGUCAACAGUGUCCUUGAUAUAAGUAAUUUACGAAGCCUUUGGUUUGAAUCGCAAACACUUGAAUGGCCUCGUGAAUGGCAAUUCCUCCAUUAUUUUAGGCUUGAUGAUCAGACAUAUAAUAAUGUACACGCGUUUAACAUGAUAUUUGAAAAAUAACCUGUCCAAUGCUUUACAAAGCUUUACUAAAAAGUUUCUAUCUCGUUUCAUAAUACUCAUGAUGCAAUGAACUCGUGCAUGUAUUAAAUGUUCGCAUUGCCAUUGAUAGGAAACUAAAGUAAAACGUAGUUACGUAAGUAAGUUGUAUAAAACGUAAGUAAGUUGUAUAUCGUAAGUUGCGAAAUGGUAUACACGGAGUUUUGCUAUUGUAGCUGUGUAUAAGUUCAUAAAAUACUCUGGGUAUCUAACUUAGAAUACAUAUUGUCCUCACUCCUCAUAAAUCGAAGGACUCAUGAAUGAUUCUUUCGUUAAAGCUCUGUUGUUACUUGCGGAAGAAACAGCCAUAAGUAUUACGUAAUUGCAUGUGAGUGGGUGAUUACAACAUUAUUCGGUCAAUUCCCUAGGACAGUAACAGUAUAACAAACCUUGCGGUUUAUUAUACAUUUCAUCUUCUUUAUAAAACUACUGUCAUUUGUAUGUCGGCCAUGAUAAGUUACAUAAUCAGCUUCUCCAUACUUGCAUGGAGUUGCCCUAAGAAAGCUGUAAAUAUGAACAUAAAAUGCUUUGGGAAUCAAACCCGAAACCACGGAUGGUCUUUUCAAAGGCAUUUUUUUAGUAAUAUACAGCUUUAUUGAACAAGAAACGACUGCGCAGAAUCAUGACAAAAUAGUGCACCACAAUCAUUGCGACGAAGUCGGCCCUAUAUAGUUGGACAAAUCUAGACGUCUUUUGGAAGACGUCUAGAUUUGUCUUACAAAUCUAGCCGUUUAGCCCAAAACGACUCGCUGUCGUGCACGAAGGACAGUACAGUUGUAGUGUUACACUGCAAUUGUAUUGCCCUUCCUGCACGGCAGCUUGCUGUUUUGGGUGGUCCCCGAAAUGCAGGUCCCCGACUGGCAGUAUUAAGGUAAAUGAUUAAGUAGAAGAAAUUUACCGAAGGUUUAAAGGUUCCUUCGGUAGCCUAUCGGUACCGGCAUCUGUUUUCGAGAGUCACUCACACCCUUUGGGUUCGUCCCUGAGUUGUCGCAACCUAGGGACGAUCCCACAGCAAACACCAAAGGGCGUGGCUUUUCACAAUACAGUUGCCGUUACCAUUCGGCCACGGAGGAAAAGUUAAACUCAACCGACAAAUCGGACUUGUCUUUCCGCACUCAAUAACAUGGGAAUAAAAAAAAAACACGGUAAACGCUCUUUAGGAGCGUUUUUUGAACGAAAUAAAAUAUAAAUCAUAAAGGAAAGAAAUGCAAGAAAUAUCAGAGUUGAAAAUUGUGGUUAAAAAACGUUAAUUUAACGUAGAAACUAAGCUUUAUAGCUUCGUAUUUAAAAAAUCACACAUUAGUCAAUAUACAUACGGGUAUUUGUCAGCGAACAAUCGGAUUCUGACGUCAUUUGCUCCUGGACUUCGACGAAAGAAGGUACUGCGCUCUCGGCGAAAAAAAUUGAACCACAAGCAUAGAUUUUCUACCAACGAACGAGUAUAAAUACCAAUCAAAUACCAUAAAAAUGUCGACGAACCUCUGAGGAAGACGUUUCGAAGAAAUUUUGAAGAAAACGACGAAGAAAUGGCAGUAAAAUUAACACAAAAAAUUCGGCUUGGUCGAAGGACUUCCAAAUCAAGAUGGCGUCGCCUUCUUCUCCAAUCUGUAAAAUGGACCCAAAAUCAUUUUAGACGGAUUGGACAUCAGCUAUAUAGGAUAUUUAUUACAGACGUAAGUUCUCCUAUAAUUUUUCAAGUAUGGAAAAGUAUAACAUUUUAUUUACGAAAAUUAAUAUUUUUUAGUAAAAAUUUCUACCUGAUUAUUCUUUAAGCAGUGAACAUUUGGUGGUCGCAAUACCCCUAGACUACAAUGAAUUAUUUUUAAGUCAAAAGCAUAAAUGGUAUGGACGUCAUCUUAGAAAAACUAGCCUCAAAAUAGGAAAUCUUCCCUUUCCGAAAACCUGUCCAACACCCCCCAACCUGACCAACACCCCCUCCCCCCAUUUUUAAAUCUCCUAAAUAUAAUCCUGUUGGAUAAAAAUUCACCCCCCCCCCAAAUUAUAUUACAGGGCCCCCUGCAAAAUACAGCUUUAAUUGACCCGUAGAAUGUAUUUUUCUAAUUUCCUGUAGUGAAUCUAUCAAAGCCAAGAUAAAGCAUGGCUAAACAAACUGAACAGCAGAAGAUGGUGAGUUGCUUUUUCUCUGGUAAAUUAAUUUAUGUGAUAAGUCUAAAGGCCCAUACAGACCGAAUGCGAUUUGGCAACGGGACUAGACCGCGACCAUACCCGAAAAUCUAAACCCGCGGAAAAGAAGGACCAACGCAGUCUACAACGGGAGGCGGAAUUUUCAAUGCCAUUUAACUUUAAAUAAUAUUUUAGAAUUAGCUAUUUGGUCUGCAUAUCUUGUAAAAGUUUUAUCGGUUGACCGUUCUAUUUGUUUUUAAAAACUGCCAAAAACUCGCGUCGCGUUGUCGAAUCGCGUUAGGUCUGUAUGGAUCCUAAAGGUGGCUCCCUACUGAAUUUUUUUGCAGCUGGAAAAUUUACGAUUUUGGGUGUAUUUUUUUUACAAUUGUUUAGAAAAUACUACCUGAAGAGUAUGAAAUGUUUGCUAAAAUUGACGUCAGUGCCGUUGCUAUGGUAGCCAUGACGUUUUUAUAUGACCGGUUUUCUUUGGCUUUAAACUACUAUAAUUCGAAAAAAAAGAACGGUGACCUCAUUUUAUAUUUUGUUAAUCUUUUGAUUAGUGUAAAUAAUUAUUUGGCCAAAAAUUGCCGGUGUAGAUUUUUCAAAUUUAAAACGUUUUUUCUUGCAACGAAAAAAUUCUACACUGGCGACCUUUUUAAAAAGAUGGAUAAUUAAUUAUUUUCAGGAAUUGAAAAACGUUUUAACAAAAUAAAAAGUUAAACUAGUUCGCAAACAUUUCCACUUGUAUUGUAUUUUAAAACAUCGGCCAUACUGACACAUCAUGGUUACCAUAGCAGCGACAAUGACGUCAUUUUUGAUCAAAUUAACGUGUGUAAAUGUGAAAGACCUUAAUAAGGCCCUGUUACACGGUGCAAUUUUUCAUGCAACUUGUCUCGCAAUGGCGUUGCGAGACAAGUUGCACGAGUCAUUGCACCGUUUAACAUGCCUUGCAAUGGUCAAAAUCUUUGCGAGACAAGUUGCAUGAAGCAUUGCACAGAAUAGAAGUCGGUUCUACUUUUGGCAACGAUUGCACUAAUUAUUUUUAGCAUUGCAGCGUGUAGCAUGGCUUCGUGCAACUUGUCUCGCAAUGUUUAUAGCUUGGAGAGUUCCUAUUGGCUCUCCCCAGUACACGCUUUACUUUAAUUACAAUUUGGCGCCAAAUAGCGCCUCUCCCUAGUCUCUUCGCAUGCCUCUGUCCCCUAUCGUUGCGAGUUGCAUGAAAAUCAUUGCAGCGCGCGUGUAACACCUCUUGCAAUCCAUUAUCAAAAUCUUUUUUUAAACAUUGCGAGACAAGUUGCAUGAAAAAUUGCACCGUGUAACAGAGCCUUAAAGGCGGUUUUCCACUAGGCGAAAUUUUUCGACCGAAUCGAAAUUCUUUUUGUUUCAUGAGCACUCGAGCAGAACUAAUUGUAAAAAGACAAAGAUUCCGCCUGGUGGAAUCAGGCCUUAAGAUAUUACACUAGACGACAAUACAAUGACGUAACCAUGGCAAUCUGCAUAAUGAGCUACGCAAUAUAGCGCAUUUUUAAAUGUUUUUCACGCAUGUCAAUACAUAUAUAUGUUGCCAGGUUGCUUAUGAUACUAGCUGCUUUUCAACAAGUAACAAUUGUUCAAAAAGUCUGCCCUACAUCGUAAAAUGUCCUCUGACCAUUACUUUUUAAAUUUUCCCCUAAAAUUUUUAUUGCACAUUUUUUGGUAGAGUGAUAUGAAGGCAACAACUCGACGACACAAUUAAAGCGAGAGCAAAGAAGAACAAGCAGAUGAAAAAGUGUUAGGAGACGUCGACAGAAUGACGACCAAAAGAAGCCACAACUAUUCAACGAUGAUAGCAAAUGUACGGUUUGUUACUGUUAUUUAUGUUCUACACAAUUAAGAGAAUUCUGUUUACUGUUAUGCAUUACUCAUUACGUAUGGCACGGCAUUUUAUUUUCACCAGAAUUUUGUAGUUUUUUUAUAAGACGUAUAUUUAAAACUUAAGUCAAAUUUACCGUUCAAAUCCAUUUGCAAGUCGUAUCGUUCCGCUGGUUCACAGAAUUUUUUCCAUUUUUUAUGGUGGUUCACUGUAAAUUGAGCGGACCAUGAUGGAUCAUCAACAGAAAUGAAAAACCGCGACCACCAAAACAGAAGCAACGACGAUGCAAAGACACGGUGAAUGUAAGUUUUGCUGGUGUAAUUUCUGCAAUAAUUUAAAUAUUUUUGCCCUACGCGACGAGACUAUUGCUCAUGUUCAUUGCCACACCCUCUAAUAUAACUCUUACUCAGUCGUAGCGGACACUUCACCAAAUAUUGGGGUAGGGGGAAUUUGAUUGGCAACAUCAUAUGACCACCUUCUGUACCUGAAAAUCUCAAUGAUGUAAUCUUCUUAGCCUUAAAUUUCACGCAAUUUAUAGCUGGAUUGAAAAAUUGGUGGUUAAAAAGUUAUUGUUGCAACUUUGUCACAGGGUGAACUUACCCAGUUUUUCCUUUAUUUCUGUGUGAUAUGGUGCACCCUGACUUUCGUGUACUUAAAAUUUAAAGAAAUUUUAGCAUUCCUAUCUUUAAAAGUGUAUUAAGUGAAUACUUAGUUCCUGUAACAUGUGUAAUGAUUUCACUACACAUGUUGCAGGAAUGUUCCAUGCAUGUACUUAAUACACUUUUAAAUUAAGACAGGAAUGCUAAAAUUUCUUCAAUCUAUUUUGUUACUAAUAGGAAAUGUCUUUUCAUUUCAGAUGAAGACCUACAACCAACAGAUCCUACAAUAUCGCCAAGAUGAGAGUAACGCAAGUUUUAUCAAGGUAAGAGAAAAUCACAAUUGAUUCCAGCGAUUUUUUUAAUCGUUUCUCAUUAAAACCCGAAACUCUUCAAACAUUUUGAAUAAAAUAACUUUUUCAAAUAAAUGUUGAAUAACAUAACUUUUUCAAAUAAAUGUUUAUUUAUCCUUCCUCAGGGAAAAGACAUUUUGCAUCAAACCACAUCCUACGAGCUUGUAGCGAGAGAAGACAAAUGCGAAGUGAAGACAACUAGAUCAUCCAACCAAAGACAAUACAAGAUGGAAUUACCAGACGAAGGAAUGACAUGGACCCAUCAACAGAACGUCGAUGCCCGAUCAAAGAGAAACAACGAAAAGGCAAAAGUGAUUAAUAUAGAUGUAAGUGAUAAAACUUUUGAAAUACAUGCAUGCAAAAAUUUCUCUCUUUUUUAAUUAAACCUAAUAAUAUACCUCACUGCUGACAGUUGCAAUCUUGUAUAUUAAGUUGUCGGGUCAUUUAAAUGAUUCAUGUAAAAAAAUUAGUGCAACUCGUGCAUGUUUCUUUCAAAACGCACUUGAAAUCGUACAAAUGCCUAUACCAACAACUAUAGUUCCAAAACGUUGUUUGAAUAUUUAAGUUCCGAGCACUAUCAUUAUUUCAUGUUAUUUCAACGGGUAGGAAUUUUGUCCGCGCUGGUCAAUAAUUUUAGGCGCAUUCGAAAAAUUCUUUAAAAAAUAUUUUUAAAACAUGGUGAAUAAUAUAUUCGCAAAAAUAGAAUAUAAGCUAGUUUUCACACGAAUGUACCGGACCUUUCUUUGUUCACUGGUCAAAGUAUUUUUGAUAAGAACGUCGCAAUUUUCCGUCCCAUAAAGCUGGAUUUUUAUACUUUUUUUGUUUCCGAAUUUUCGGAUACCUUUCCUACUUCAAAGCACUAAAAAAAAUACUUUGUCAGUAGUAAAAACUACAAUAAUAGUUUUGUUUGUGGAAACACCACGUAAAUUUAUUACUGCAAAGCUUGUGGUAAUAAUAUGACAUAUUAUUAGCACUGGUGAAGAUUCGGGCUUACGGAUCGAAAGCUUUGCAGUAAUAAAUUUACGUGGUGUUUCCACAAACAAAACUAUUAUAUGUUUUAUUGCCAUGCAAACAUACAAAGAACUUAGUAAAAACUACGCAAAAAAAUCAAAUAAAACGCUCAAAAAUCAGAUGUCACAUUUACCCUCUCCAGGGGCUGGUUGUAUAUCAUGAUCAUGUUAAUCAUAUCAUAUUAAUCCUGAAAUGUCAUCCAUGCAAUAAGAAACGCCUAUUUGAGAGUUAAUCACUAUGAUAUAUUAAUAACUAUGAAUAUUAAUAUUUAGUAUAAUUACAUAGGUGAUUAUUGAAAAUUCUCUACGCUGAUGGGUUGCCAUUGAGGUGAUUAUUACGUGAUAAUCACCUAAGUGAUUUUCGAAAUGUGUAGUUUUAUUAUUUUCCAAAUAAUCACCUAUGAAAUUAUACUAAAACAAUUAUUCACUUCAGGCUCGGUGAUUAUCGUGCAUAAAAACCUCGACUUCGUCUCGGUUUUUAUUCACCGAUAAUCACCUCGCCUUCAGAGAAUAAUUGUUAAAUAUUAAUCACUAUGAUCAAAUAUUCAUUCAAUACAUUACCUCGGGUUGACCAAUUCAUUUGAUCAAGUUCUUCGAAAUAUUCAUACACUUCCUAGUAUAAUUGUAAACUUCCUGUUGAAUAGUUUGAAUGCACAAAUCACCUUUGUUGUUUGUGCAACUAACCAAUCAUAAAUAGAAACGAAAUGACCAGAAAUGAUAAAAUACUUGGAAUUGGCUCUUUCACAGGAAUAUCUCGAGGAACUUGAUGAAAUGAAUUGGUCAGCCCGAUCGGGGUAAUGUAUUGAAUCAAUAUUUGAGGAACACUUCAAUUGGAACGACAGAAAGAGUUUUAUAGAAUCGGCUCCAGGUCUUCAGUUUGUUUACCGCGCCACUUUUGACGCGUGCGCAGACAAGAUUCCUACCUUUUUUAUCUCAACAAGAAAAAAAUUCGUCCUACCCCUAGCCCCCCCCCCCUGGUCAUUUCCCUCAAACAAUGUUGCCGUGACGUCGCAUGAAACACUCUUUCAGCCUGCACUUUGACCUUCAAUUUUUAAUUUUGGCGCUUUUUCACACGGGAGGACUGGGACUCAUGCGCUUUGGGGGCUGGGCGGAAAAUGGCCGAAAGCAUGUGACAUCAUACUUGCCAAAUGCUCGCCCAAAAUUGACCAAAACAUGCCAAAACCGGUCGAGUAAAGGGCCUAGGUCUGGGCUGUCAUCGAUAUUAUUAUGCACAUCAAUAUUUCAGUCACGUUUCAAAUUAUCAGUUAAUUUAAAAUUAAGUUCUUUGUAUGUUUGCAUGGCGAUAAAAUAUAAUUCGGCGCCAAUUCAAUGCCAUUUAUUAUCCCAUAAUAACAAUUUUAAAUUAUAAUAGUUUUGUUUGUGGAAUUACUGAUCGAAAGUAUUACUGAGCUUACGGAUCGAAAGCUUUGCAGUAAUAAAUUUACGUGGUGUUUCCACAAACAAAACUAUUAUAAUUUAAAAUUGUUAUUAUGGGAUAAUAAAUGGCAUUGAAUUGGCGCCGAAGCCUAAAAUAUCGACGGCAAUUUUUUGUCUGCAAUAAUUUGGUAAACCUCUGUUUAUGAGGACUGAAUAUCUGCUAACAAAUCCUGGUAAUUUGCAUAACUCAAGCCCUUAAAACAUAUUUCGUGGACUCAUGGAUACUUUUUAAAUUCUAAAGGUGAUGUGAUGAAAUGUUGAUGUAAUGAAAAGAGAUGAUGAAAAGACCAAAAAGAACCACUCACGAAUAGCAUGGAGCCAAGAAAAGAAUGACGAUUCGCAACAAUCCGAAACCACAACAUUGCUAAUAUGAGAGUAGCAAAAAAUUAUACCAAUGUAAGUUAGUUAAAGACAAAAUACUUAUUUAAAGAUCAAAGGGGAUUCAAGUGAAUACAAUGAAUUUCUCAUUGAAAAUAAGCAUGCUACGAGUUUACCAAAUCUUUCGACUUUGUUUUCCAAUUUACGGAGUAUAGAAAUAAUUGCCCUAAAAAUCAGGUAAUUCGUUUGGCCAAGCACGAAAUCUUCCCUGGAAUAUUUUCGAUUGUAAUCUUUUCAGAAAACAAAAUAUUAAUCCGCGUCACCAAGAGUUAAUGUAAAAUAAACAUGGCGUGGAGUCUAGCACCAAGCAUUUCCUCUUUUUUAUUGCCAGUUGGUGUUGAUAAUAAAAUUACUGUCAGAUGCGGUUGACAUUCUGUCAACUAUGGGAUAAGUCUUGUAUUCACAAUGAAAUCAACAUACGAUGAAAACAAACAAUCCUAUUUCAAGCGUUAAAAAGUUAUUAAAAAUUGGU